AUGGCUUUUUCCAGUUCAAGGGAUGGCGAGACUAGUGCAAAGAGAAGAAAGAAGAAAAGUUUUGGAAAUAUGUCAGAAGAUGAAGUUAUGAAGCUUUUACUCCCUGAUCGCUUGGGGGAAUCAACAGACAUUUUGUUUGUGAGUUGAGUUGUAAAUAUGAACUUGUGUACUAAUUAAUGCAAGUAAAAAUCAUCCUGCUUUUAACCUGACCCACAUGAUUUUGUUUUUCACAGCUCGUUAAAUUUUACUGUAUUUUCAUUUCCUUUUCUUCUAUUUACAACCUCUUUGCAUGAUGUUGGCUAGCUGCUUGCAUGGUCUUUGAAUGCUCUUUGCAUGCUCUUUGCAUGCUCUUUGCAUGCUCUUUGAAUGAUCUUUGCAUGGUCUUUGCAUGGUCUUUGCAUGAUCUUUGCAUGGUCUCUGCAUGGUCUUUGAAUGCUCUCUGCAUGGUCUUUGCAUGCUCUUUUCAUGAUCUCUGCAUGCUCUUUGCAUGAUCUUUGCAUGAUCUUUGCAUGCUCUUUGAACGCUCUUUGCAUGGUCUUUGCAUGGUCUUUGAAUGAUCUUUGCAUGGUCUUUGCAUGGUCUUUGCAUGGUCUUUGCAUGGUCUUUGCAUGGUCUUUGCAUGGUCUUUGCAUGGUCUUUGCAUGAUCUUUGAAUGCUCUCUGCAUGCUCUUUGCAUGCUCUUUGCAUGAUCUCUGCAUGCUCUUUGCAUGGUCUUUGCAUGAUCUUUGCAUGCUCUUUGAACGCUCUUUGCAUGGUCUUUGCAUGCUCUUUGAAUGAUCUUUGCAUGGUCUUUGCAUGGUCUUUGCAUGGUCUUUGCAUGGUCUUUGAAUGCUCUCUGCAUGGUCUUUGCAUGGUCUUUGCAUGAUCUUUGAAUGCUCUCUGCAUGGUCUUUGCAUGCUCUUUGAAUGCUCUUUGCAUGGUCUUUGCAUGAUCUUUGAAUGGUCUUUGCAUGGUCUUUGCAUGAUCUUUGCAUGGUCUUUGCAUGGUCUUUGCAUGCUCUUUGAAUGCUCUCUGCAUGGUCUUUGAAUGAUCUUUGCAUGCUCUUUGAAUGCUCUUUGCAUGGUCUUUGCAUGGUCUUUGCAUGCUCGUUGCAUGGUCUUUGAAUGGUCUUUGCAUGCUCUUUGGAAGCUGCUUGCAAGAUGCAUGUUUGCACAUACAUACAUAAUUGACUGGUUAGAUGAUUUCUUUCAGGUGGGGAUCAAUCCAGGUCUAAUGUCUGCCUACAAAGGUCAUCAUUACUCUGGAGCAAACAACCAUUUCUGUAAGUGUAUAAAUAAUAUGACUAAAAUAUGCCCAUGGUGAAUUGCUGAUGUGAACAAUGUAGAUUACAUAAUGAGACUACCUCUGGCUUUUUCUCCAAGUCCUAGCUCUGUUUUCUCCAACACAAAAAAAAACUAUCCUAUUACCAUAGUCUUAAAAGAAUUAAUUAACCCUUUAAGUGGCAAUGCACCUAAAUGCACCCUACUUUAUUAUUUUACUCUGUCUAACGCCAGACGUUUUUACUCGUCAGGGGGAGAGUGCUGCCACUCAAUGGGUUAAGCCCUGGAGACCUUUGUCAAUUGGACUGUAAAAUCCGAUAUUCCAGCAGUAACGCAUUAGAAAAUACAGCAUGUUAGAUUGAAAUAUCUUGAUGCCAAGUUUCAAUGAUUUAUUCAUAUUGUAUUUUCAGGGCCCUGCUUAAUUGAUGCAGGACUUGUUCCCACUCAUUUUACAUUCUUGGACGAUGUAAGAUGUCCUGAACAUGGCAUAGGAUUGACAAAUAUUGUUGCCAGGACAACACGAAGUAGCAGUGAUUUAUCUCGGUGGGUGUAGUUUAUGGAGAGAUUCUUGUGUAUAAAGUCAUGAUUACUAGAUUACAUUGAUAUCGAAGGAACUAGAUUCUGUUCCGAAAUAUCACAUACUCAAACCGACCUGACUGCGUAGCUCAGUUGGCAGAGCAUUGGGCUAGUAUUCCAAAGGUCGUAGGUUCGAUUCCCACCGUGGCCAGGCAUAUUUUUCAAGCUUGCCCGGUGUGGAUAUACACUCAGAGUAACAUCACAAGCAUCAAUUUCAGAUAUUGUUAUCUUGUAUUAUUUGUUAAGUAGCAUUUUUUAAUAUUUCAGUAUAGAUUUCUACCAAUGUAUACUAUAGAUUGAUUUAUGUUGUGCACUUUUGCAUUUUUUUGCAUUGCAUGAAGACAGUUUUCUUUUUUUCAGUGCAGAAAUUAAGCAAGGAAAGGAAGACCUCAUUGAAAAAAUUAAGAAUUGUAAACCAUUGGUGACAUGUUUUAAUGGAAAAGGUAUAACGAGAAUUAAAGGAGGAUUUUGUAUUUGGAUAUAUCGAGUGUAAAGGCGUGUUUUGGUAUUUUUGUCUUUCGUGUCUUAAGACCCUGUCACACUAUUGCGUAUCGUACUAGCGUAUGCCAGCGUAUGAAAAAUAUCACUUAUACGCCGGUAUACGCUGACAUACGCUAGGGCUACGUUAGGCAUAGGUUGUAGACGUUUCAAGCACGGUCGCAUACGGCGAGGCAGAACAUGUUUUUUAAGCAUGUUCAAAAAUUUUGUGCGUAUCGAACGUAUGCUUCAUACGAUAAGCAUACUCUAGGCACACGCUGAAUACACUAGAGGUACGCCAGAUGUACGGUACUCAUACGCUGGUAUUUCAAAGGAUUUUUGUGCGUAUGAAAAUUAUUUUAUUAAUUUUCAUACGCUUCUCUCAUACGCAAUAGUGUGACAGGGCCUUUACUAGUUGCUUUUGUCGAAUUGGAUUGUGUACAAUUUUCUCGCUCUAGGGAUUUAUGAAAUAUUCUCUGGCAAGAAGUGUGUACUUGGUCGACAGAAAGAAACUGUUCCUGGUACAAACUCUGUGAGUUGCCAAAAAUAGAAAUAAUUCAGUAUCACAAAAAAGUAUUUUGAUUUUAAAACUUGAGUAAAAUAAUUAAACUCAAAAAAUAAGUAACUGCUCAUAAAUUGGAGUCAUUGUUGGUGCGUUAUUUUACUCAAGUUUUUUAUUUUUUUUUAGGUGAUCUACGUCAUGCCUUCUUCAUCGGCACGAACCAUGACAUACCCCAGGAAGAGUGACAAGCUUCAUUUUUACAACGAGCUAAAGAUAUUAAGAGACAACCUUAAGCUUGGUAAGAUAGCAGAUCACGAGACUACUGCAUUUCAUGACACAAACGAUGUGGGAUAAUUCAUGCGUUCAUUUACAGCUUCCAGGCACAAUUACCUCCACUAUCAGCUUGUAGUAUUAGAGCUGCUGCCUAAGUUUGCGUAGAUCCAUGGACGAAAACUUAAGGAGAGAGUGUUGCCUCACUCUGACUGAGGGGUUGGCCCAAAAAAGACAACUUAUAGUCCUGAGUUUGUUCAUAUUUUGAAUUCAAAUGCUCAUCUAAACUUUACAAGUGCUGUAAACAUUUCCUGCUUAUGUAAAGAGAACGUUCCUUCAAAUCAUUUUCUAUUAUCACAAGACACAUCAUUCUGACAUUUCAGAAUCGGUUGCAUCUGAGGAAUCGCUUGAAUUUGCCAAAAAGAAUCGUACAUCAUCAUCAAAAUCACUGUCACUAUCAUCAUCAUCGUCAUCAUCAUCGUCAUCAUCAUCAUCAUCAUUAUCAUCAUCGUCCAUGUGAUCAUCAAUAUCGACUCUAUUGUUAUUAAAAUGUUCAUCAAAAUCUCGUCGGAACAAUUCUUCCAGGGAAUCUUGAAACUCGAAGUUCUCUGUCUCGUCAUCUUCUACGAUAAAGUCGGCGAGAUCGUCGUCAUCGUCGUCGUCACCGCUUUCCUGCAA